CUCCACGACGCCAUUUUCCCGCACACACCACCCGGCUUUACAUCAAAUCCAUCGACAAUCAUGGAGAACGAACGUGGUGAGCUUGUAGAUCUCUACGUCCCCCGCAAGUGCAGUGCGACCGGCCGCAUCAUCAAAGCGAAAGACCACGCUUCGGUCCAAAUCAGCAUUGGCAAGGUUGACGAGAACGGACGUUACACCGGCGAGAACCAGACAUACGCCCUCUGCGGAUUCGUGCGCGCCAUGGGCGAGAGCGAUGAUUCACUCAACCGAUUGACGCAGAAGGACGGCUUCCUGAAAGGUGUCUGGAGCGCAAGCCGAUAGAGGAGGGACACUGAUAGGUUGGGAUGGAGUUGGGGUAGGCUUCCGGGACUGGCCCCAAGACCUAGUGGGUCUGGGAUGAGAGAUGGAAGGUCACAAAUGCUGACUAGAUGAAGGGAUUCCGGAUCUGAAUUUCUCGACCGAGGGUGUAUGGCUUCACGAAGCAUCCAGUUCCCGCUUCAACGUGUUCAUUGAAGUGGACGGUCUUGGUAUCAUGCAUGAA